GCUGCUCUAAAAAAUUGCACUGUGUAGCUCGCGUUCUCCUGAAGCUGGCUUCUCGGAGAUACAAUGUUCGGGGUGGCUUCACUUGGCUCGUUCGGGAAGCUGGCUCGUGGAGAGCUUCCAAACGGGGCCGAUCUCCUCUCUCAUCCCGACUCCUGCAACCUCGCCACUGGUGCUCGCUCGGCUUACUCAUUCUCCUCCUCUCCCCAUAUUUUGCUCUAUUGUUUGUGUUCCUUCAAUUUGCAGGGAUUGUGGGAAGCAAAUGUACGUGGGUGAGUUAUUUCUUUUGUGUGAAAGUCUCUUCCAUGUUGGUCUAUCGAUUCCUUGACGCUCUGUUCAUGACUGACUCUGUUCUUGUUUUAUCUUUUUUACCUUUGCAGAGAGUUGUUCUACUCUCUCCCUCAAGGUAAGUUUGCUGGGCAGUGGCUUACUCCUCUCGUGUUUUGUUAGUUUGACCGAGGUGUACGGUGUACCUGGACGAACAAGGAACAUCCCAGCCACUGGUACCCUACUUUGUUUUGUGAAACUUUUGGUCUUUGUUUUGAUUUGGUUGUGUGGCUGUCCUUGCGAUCCAGGUGAGUUCAGUUGUGGUUUAGGUGGAGAUGUUGGUGCUGUUUGAGACGCCCACUGGGUUCGCCGUUUUCAAGGUUCUGAACAAGGGCAAGCUCGACAAGAUCAAGUGCUUUGUGUUCAUCUUUAUCCUUAGGAAUCUAUGGAAGGAGUUCACCACAUCGGACUCGGUGAGAAAGGUUUGUGCUUCAUUUUUUAUUCUUUCGACGGCAAAUAACUUUUCUUUUCAAAACACUUAGCACAUGAUCUAUCUAUCACACUAUAAUAGAGGAAGUCAGCAAAAGCCAUUUAUUUGAAUGAGCAAGAAUCUGUGGUGUGCUCCUGAGCUAUAUGUCCCUUUUCCAAAUGUUAGAAAGGUUAUCUGAAAUUAGUUGUCGCAUAGAAUUUGGUUUGGGAAACUAGGCUCAUUUGAUGUUUGCAUGGCUUCUUUGAACCGCAAGGAACACUCUACAACUGAACUCACUUAAGCAGGCUGGUAGAUGGCAAGUGACAUCCAUGACUGCACUUAUUUGUGAGCCUAUUUGCUCAAAGUAAUAAGAGGCUGAAUGGUUCAGUUAGACACUGUGCUUCUUCUUGGUGAUAUCCACUAAUUUUUGUUAGGGAUAUAUAAAGUUCUUGAUAAGCUGUUGAGAGAAUUCAUAUGCCUCUCAGUCUUAUUUCUUAUAUUAUGAUACUUUUUUAACUGACUCAAUGUAACUCACACAAUAUAACUUCAAGCAAAUAGGCUCAAAGUUCAGCUCCAAGGAAUAAGCAGGUCAGCGGACAUGCAUCCGCUGACAUCCUUAUUUCUUGUGCAAGCUUGAUGGAUGUGACAAUGCACAUCACAAAUGGUUCAUUCCGUGUAACCACAAGUGAUGCAAGUCACCUCACACUCCAGUGGCUCGAGCGUAUCUCAUCGCACACUAUCAUGUUUUGGCAAUUAUCGCACACACUUACCAGCUAACCUUGUGUGAUGAGGGGUGUUAAUAGUCUUGCUCUGUAGUAGUGUGAAGAUCUGGAGGACGCAGGCCAUGGCCUCCUCCAGUCUACUGGUCCAAGAUCUGUCUCCCUUUUGUUCAUGUGUCUGCUUUUUUUUAUAUUGGAAGUCGUGUGUGUUUUAAUCUGAAAGUUGUGAGAAUUUUUCUGUAAUUUGCAAGGAAUUUUUUGGAAGUUGCGAGAAUUUUCUAAAAGGUUUGCAAAGAUUCCUGAAUGUUGUGUCCAAACUGAUGGAAGUUGUGAGAAUUUUUUGAAUGUUUCAUCAUACACAUUACAGUCAAUUAUCCAUUUCGUUCAGCAUGGUGGCCAAGAUGCAGCAGCCCCAUGCUCUGUUCCGAUGGGCCUCCUCUACUCGAUGGUUGCCGCUGGUUGAGUUUGGUAUGGUUUCCUAUUGUUGCUUGUGUCGAGCCAUGGGUCCGUCUUUCCUUCGUAUUGAGGUGGGGCCCGUUUUUCGCGUACGUGGCACUCCAGGCCGUCCCGACAGCCGUUAGACGGCGCCGUUCGGUCCUAGCAGUCAAAAGCACGAACCGUUACUCCUUCUCCACUCUGCUCGCUCGCUCUCGCUCUGUUCUUGGUCGCCGCACCCGUCGCCGCCGCGCCGCGCCGCCGCCGCAGCGCCAUGGUGUCGUGGAGUGAUGGGUCGGAUAGCAGCGAGCACACCAGGCAGUGCAUGAGCUCAGAUUUCGACGACGGCACCAUUAAGGUUCCUGCUAGCACCGAAGACUCAGAUUUCGAGGGCCCUGAGACAGAUAUGUAUGUAUUGUGCCAUGGACACGGGAAGGCAGCAGAAAGGCGUGUUGCUUUCGAAGGGAUUCACACUGGCAGGAGGUUUCUUUGUUGUGCAGAGAAGGAAGGUAAAAACUGUGGACUAGUAGAAUGGAUUGAUCCAUCUUGGCCCACUACCCUUGAGAAUGCACUAUCCAAGUUGUGGUCUAUGUAUGAACAGAGUAAGAUGGACAGGAAUGAGGAAUGUCUGAUGCAUUCAUUUAAUGUUCAUGACCUGACACAAGAGAAGAAGAAACUCCAGGCCAGCUAUGAGAAGUUGGUUGAAGAUGUCAAUGCACUUAUGGAUGCCCAGGAGCAGAGGGCAGUGAUAGAAAGGAAAGAUGCUGAAACAACCAAGUUGCAGGAGAAGUAUGACACUUUGAAGAACAUAGCAGCUGCUCAAGGUACUGUCAUUAGGAACAUGAAGUUGAAGCUAGCUGAAGAGAAGAAGAAUUUGCAGAUCCACAUUGAUGAGCUCAAGAAGACAGUUGAAGAGAGCAAUGUGAAGCUGGAGGGGAUCAAGGCCAUCAUAAAUGGAUAAGUAGUGCAAGAGAAGAAUGGGCAAUAUCAUUUGGCAUUUGCUGACCUUUUGCAGGGUGUGGUUUGGCAUUUGUUGUAAUGAUAGUAGUUUAAAUUCUAUUAACUAUGAGUACUCCUGAACUAUGGAUAUGUAAUCUUAAGUAAGAUGUUUGCAUUUGAACUAGUGCUGAAUGUGGUGCUAUUUGAACUAGCUAGUGCUGAAUGUCAAACUAUGAUUAUGUAUGGAAUUGAACUAGUGCUGAAUUUGGUGGUAUUUAGAGCUGGUUAAUGUUAUCUUAAGUAAUCUGUUUGCAAUUGAUGAUUUUUGCUUUAGUAUGUUCCUGUUCAACUGAUGAUUCUGAGUUAAGUAGGGUCAAUUAGGGUUGUUUUUGGCUUUUUAGCG